AUGGAAAAGGCUAGUGGGGUUCACUUGAAGGAUGGGGCCAAAAGGGUCAUCAUCUCCACCCCUUCUGCUGAUGCCCCUAUGAUUGUGAUGGGAGUGAACCACAAGAAGUAUGACAACUCACUCAACAUUGUCAGAAAUGCUUCCUGCACCACCAACUGCUUACUCUCCCUGGCCAAGGUCAUCCAUGACAACUUGGGCAUCAAAAAAGGUCUCAUGGCCAUAUUCCAUGCCAUCACUGUGGGUGGCUCCUUUGGAAAGCUGUGGUGCAAAGGCCAUAGGGCUGCCCAGAACAUCCCUGCAUCCACUGGUACUGCCAGGGCUAUAAGCAAGGUCAUUCCAAGAGCUGAAUGGGAAACUCACUGGCAUGGCCUUCCAUGUUCCUACCGACAAGGUGUCCAUCAUGGAUCUAACCAUCUGGAGAAAGUUGCCAAGUGUGAUGACAUCAACAAGGUGGUGAACCAGGCAUCUGAGGGCCCACUAAAGGACAUCCUGGGUUACACAAAGGACAAGGUUGUCUCCUGA